CGACAAUGAUGACCCGGAAGUAGUUUAACAGAGCAGUUGUUCUCCACCUUGUUCCCCGGUCACACCUUCGGUCCUGAAUAUAAUGGUCCCUUUUCAGCUAGAAUGGUGGCGUACACAUUAAUCACUGUGCAUCACACCCCUUACAUGUGACACAUCAUCCCAGCUGCAGCUCUACCGUGAAGACAAAAUCAUAUAUGUUUCUGCUCCAGCUCCCCAGGAUGGGGUUCAGACUGUGUGCAUCCAAAGCCCUGCACUACAGUGCCAGGGCUUUGACUUUAACAAGGACUUCCACUUGUCUUCCACAUAUCUCACCCCACUGGCCUGUACCCUGCAGUCGCUCUUACUCCAGUAGCAUUAAGGUGCGCCCCUAUCUUCAGUACGUGAAACGUAAGAUCAUACCUCCUCCCAGUCCUCCGUACUGCCACGUGUGCCAGGUAGGGGACCCAGUGCUGCGUUCACAUGCUGCUGCUGUUGACCCUGCAGCUAUAACAGGCCCUGAGAUCCAAAAGGUCAUCAACACUAUGGUGAAAGUGAUGCGGCAGCUUGAGUGUGUGGGACUUAGUGCACCUCAGAUCGGGGUGCCGCUACGGAUCUUGACCCUUGAAUAUCCAGAGAAGAUGCUGAGAGAGAGUUCGCCUGCAUCGAGGGAGGCCCGUGGUCUUUCCAUGCAGCCCCUGAGGAUCUUUGUCAACCCUCAGCUGAGGGUCCUCGAUGGGCAGAGUGUGGUCUUUCAGGAGGCCUGUGAGAGCAUCUCAGGCUUCUCUGCUACAGUUCCGCGCUACCUGUCUGUGGAAGUGUCCGGUCUGAACGAGAAGGGUGAAGCUGUCACAUGGCAGGCCAGUGGCUGGCCCGCUCGUAUCCUCCAACACGAGAUGGACCACCUGGAUGGGAUCCUCUACAUCGACCGUAUGGACAGCAAAACUUUCAUCAACAUCAACUGGCAGGCACACAAUGAAUAGAAGAUCCUCAGGAUGGACCACAAACCACAUAAAGAAUACCUAAAACUGAUGAUGUGCAAUGAUUUAAGUUUAUCUCAGCACCAUCUCUGAUCAGCCUACAUUGUGUUGGUGAAAGCUGCUGUUUUGAGCACAUGGUGUCUUUUUAUCUUUCUGGUAUUGAAAUAUUUUGGUUUGUGUUCUGGUUUGAACAAAAGCUCAGUGUCAUGAUCAUAAUGAACUGCCUCAUCUGGAAAUCCAUCACUGGAAGUUUUUUUUUCUGCUGAGCAGAAACCCCAAAGCAAUUAUGACCACUUUGAAGUGCAAGCCAAGAGAGCCAUGUUCUAUGUCUGAUGAAUAAAGAGGUCGAUAUGUUCAUGAUGAAAUGAAUGAAUCGCUAAUGUCUGCCAUCAUCACAAUGAAUGAAUGCAACUCUGAUACUACUUAGCAAAGGAGAAGGGGGUGGAACAAAGGGUAUUGCCUAUUUAUCUCAGAGACUUCUUUUUGUAUAAAACUGGUCAUUCUCCUGGUUUUACAUGAGAAUGGACAAAUGGAUGAAUCUACAUGAAGUUAAUCCAGGACAGGGACUCAGGACGUGUCUGGGACAUGAGCAGGCAUGACCCAGGAAAACAGGUGGUUUUAACAGUGUUAGAAAUGGUUCAGUUGUCUGGUCACUUUAACUUGUAUCCAGGCUUCAUUUUUCUGUAUGUCAGUCUUAAUGAUUUACAUGUCCUUUUGUGUCACUAAAAUGUUAAUCAUAAUGUGUUUAUACAUCUGUUUUUAUUUUCUUUUAUUUUUUUGGCACAUUUGUCAACAAGGUAUUUUCAAAACACUAAAUGUUUAGCAAAAUAGAUUUGGAUUUCAUCCAUCCAGCUAAAAGCAUGCAUCUCUUGGUGAUCUUCAACUUUAGAUACAGGAAUAUCAAGAUGAGAAAACUUUACACUCACAAAACUGUUGGACCUGUGAAAUGACCCAGCUACUGUUACAAAGAAAUGUAAAAUGUAAGUGUAGAAUUAACUAGACUUACCGUCUCGUGGUCGUAUGCCUCCAUGAACCAGUCAAGUUGCAGUUACAGUUUACAUCCAUGUAGCCAUCACAGCAGACAAUACUUUAAACAUGGAUGUUGCUGUUAAGAAGCUGAAUAUUCUAAAAUAUGGAUGCUUCACACACAGCUACAAUCUGACAGCACAAAAUAUCUAUACAAUCAGCACAGUCUCAAGGUGGGCACCCAAGAUUAGUGUCACAAGUUCAGUAGCUGACCAAAUGUCUCCCUUUCUGUUCCUCAGUGAUAAAGUUGGAUUAUUGCCAGAAGAAAAGCAAAACAUUAUGGUGUCACAGUGAAAUUGACCUUUGACCUUUUGGCUCUAAAUGGUCAUCGCUUUAUCCUAUCAGACAUUUGUGUUAAGUUUUGUUACAAUUGGCGAAUGAAUUCUUGAGAUAUGGCCAAAACCAUGUUUUGGGAGGUCACAGUGACCUUUGACCCCCAAAAUCUAAUCAGUUCAUUGGUGAGCUCAGGUGGAUGUUUGAAGAAAUUCCCUCAAGGCGUUCUUGAGACA